AUCCAUCGAAUGCCAUUCUCCAUGUUUAUUCACUAAUUCGCAUGGGUUUGCAAUUUGUGAUUUGUAUCAUUUGUUUGCGGUACACUGGACGAAAAAAGGCGACAAAUUUCGGUUUGAACGAAGGGAAUGACAGAAAAGCGAAAAUUUUCCUGCAAUACCGCUAGCUACUGAAGCAGAAUUUCUCAUAUCAAAGUGGGACGAAAGGAUGGAAAAUCGGAAUAUUUUAUCAACUAGAGCCAAGAGCAUGAAUCAUUAAGAAGAAUUUUGCAGAAUUGAAAUCAAAACUGUGUUCCAAGCCACUUAAUGAUAUUGACGUAGCAUUGCAUUGUGAUUGAGCCUACUGAGUGCGAUGUUGUCUUUUACGGAGUUCAAUGUGAGAUGAAUGACAGGAGCGAUUGCAUAGUGACAGAGAAAAGUCGGCAUAAGAUGCGAUCCAAACAUCGUUUGACUCUUUGUGUUUGGUAGCAAUUGUACAAUCAAUAUGCAGAGGCCUAUCCAUGUGAAGAGACACACACGACUGCUUGGUACGCCGCUCUGAAAAAAACUGACCUAAAACAUGGGCAGAAGACACGAGCUCACUGUGAUGAAAAUGCUGAUUUCAAGUGAGCGCCGAAGAUGUGUAAACCGAACCGACUACACUAGCUAACACACGAAGGGAGAGAUAAAUGCACAAAGCGAAGAGAAGCAGAACGAUAAAACGAACGUGCUAUUGCUCUUGUUUAUGACUUUCGCUCUCUUUUCAACUCUCUGCUAUUGCCGUUGCCGCUGCUGCUGCCUGUGUAGAACACGCUGCAUGUAUGGCGGCGUUACAUAUAACAUGUAUUUGCGUUUUUUCGCUGGCGGUGAAUUAUUUGCUACCGCGUAAGCUUGAUGUACGGUGACCGGGACCGAUUCGAAGCAGUUCGUAUAUAAAGGCAGCACUAUACAAACGGGUAGUUCAGUUUACGGUUAAUAUUCAAUUUUCGCAUUUUGAAUAGAAACGAAAACCGAACAUUAACAACAACAAAAAAAAUCAAAACAAAUAACUGUUACAUUCGAUUUCAAUGGACAAUUUUCAAAUAUCGCUGUAAAAAAUUAUUUCGUUCGAAACAACCCUAAAUAUUUUGUGAGUGUGUGGCCUUCUGUGCAUUGUUUUGUUGUGUUCCAAUGUCAAGUUUCUGCAAGCGACACAGGUCCUCUUGAGUAUUUCGAGCAAAGUGUUUUCAAAUCAUACCAGUAGCCAGCAUCGAGAGUAGUGAAAAGGGGCUUUCACCGAAUUUUGUGAGCCUAGGUCAAGUCGCACUGGUGGUGAAACUGCCUGCAGUUAGCAUUUCCGAAUAGAAAACACACAUCAACGAAUCGAUUGAACGUGAUUCUGGUUUCUCGUUGGUCGAGUGAGGGUGACAAAAGUGUGGUAGCAAAAACAAAAAUACAACGAUGUAUUUCAUUGUGCUAUUUUCAAUUUUAGUAGCCAACUGUGCGGUGUCUGUGACAGCCGAUCACUGGGGCUAUCUACCAGAACAAGCCAAUGGUGUAGUCAAGGGAGAAGAACAAUGGGGUGGCCAAUGUCGGAAUGGUCGACGUCAAAGUCCAAUUGAUUUGGCAAAGGGUGCAGCAGUUACGGGAACAUAUCCAUCUCUCUACUUCCGGAACUAUGAAAAUUCACUGGAAAAGGGCAAAAUUCGGAAUACCGGCCACUCAUUACAAAUCGAUAUUCCAAAUAAUCAAGAGUAUUUAAUUACUGGCGGCGGAUUACCCGGCAUCUAUAAAAUGGAUCAAAUGCAUUUUCACUGGGCUUCGGAGCAUACGCUCGAUAGCAAACGAUUCGGUUUGGAAUUGCACAUUGUGUCGCACAAUCAACGUUACAAAAAUUUCUCGGAAGCCGUUCAAAAUAAGCAAGGUGUUUCUGUAUUGGCUGUACUGUUCCAUAUUUCCGAUCAGGUGAAUCCAUUGCUGAAAAAUAUUCUGGACAGCGCUGAAUCGGUUAAAGAUGAAGCUGGCCAAUCGAAUGAGAUAAAUGCCUCAUUUUCACCGCUCCAACUGUUGCCGAAGAAUCGUUCAUCGUAUUUCCGUUACGAGGGUUCGUUGACGACACCUUCAUGUGAUGAGGCCGUUAUUUGGACCAUACUCGAUAACACCGUACCAUUCGCAAUAACACAGAUCGAACGAUUUAAGCAGGUGAAAGAUGCGGACGGUGCUUUGUUGACACACAAUUUCCGUCAACUUCAACGCCUCAAUUCACGGACACUCGUUUAUGUGCGUGACGAUUUUCUCAAUGGACAAGCGUCAUCGUCGCAACCGAUACGCAUUUCACUUGCAACAGUGGCCACGGUUAUCGCAGUUCAAAUGUUACGUGUCUACGUUUAAAUGAUGCAAUCAUAUCUAUAUACUAUACACAUCGCAUAUCCUCAAGGAAACGAUUGUACGACGCAUUUUUCUUAGUUGCUCUUGUUAUUGUUGUUCGUUUUGUCCAACGUGUUUACUGUGUCUUUUUUUUAAUGACUUGAACAAUUUUUAACAUUCAUUCAUUCUACGUAGAUUAUUUUAUUAGCAGCAAAAUGUGUACACAAUUUGAUAUUUUGUCCAAUUAAUUUAGAAGUGAACGUCGUGUAGCUUGUAUCUAAUGGAAAUAUUCUGCAUCCGUGCCAUUGACUCCUAUUUUUUUUACUCUCUGACUAUUUUCUCUCUAUAUGAUACGACUUCUUUUUGAACACAUUUUCAGCCUAUUUCCACGUGGCUUCACAAAUACACAUGACAUUUUUUAUUUUUCCUUCUACGACACAUAAAAACCAAAACAAAAAGAUUAGAAAAAUAAAAAUGAAAAAAAAAAACAAAACAACUACAAAUCCUACGAAGCCACGAAUCGGUGAGAUAGCAAAAAAAAAAGAGAUAUUUGAAACAAAUACAUAAUAGUAAUAUUCAGCUAGUCAUUUGCCAAAUAUUUCACAUCUUUUAUUGAUCAAUUAUGUUUAUGUUUAUGUAAAGUAAUUGUUCAGUGUUAAUUAAAUGUAGGUGAAAGUUUGAGAAAGAGCAUGAAAAGAAACAAAAAUAGCAGAAGAAUAAUCAAAAAAUAGAACAAAAAAAAAACAAAGAACGUUAUAUAAUUGCAUAUACAAAUAGAAUCAGAGUGAAAUUAAAUUACGCUUUUAUUUAAGUUUGCCUCAAUUGAACUAUAUAUCAAUAUAUUUUGUGUACAAAAACCAAAAAUCUAUAUUUUGAAUAAAUUUCAACUGAAAAUAAAAAAAAAAA